AAGUUGCUUGUGAAUUGGAUUAAUUAUAUUUUUUUCUUUGUUGAAGGAGGAUGUUUCCAACGCUAAGGGUGUCAUUUACGGGCGUACGACCGGAGCAACGAUACGCUGUGAUUUUGGACAUCGUACCUGUAGAUAACAAAAGGUAUCGUUAUGCAUAUCAUCGUUCAUCGUGGUUAGUCGCUGGUAAAGCUGACCCACCUGCUCCCUGUCGUCUUUACACGCACCCGGAUUCUCCAUUUACGGGGGAACAACUCCGGAAGCAAGUCGUCUCCUUUGAAAAAGUGAAACUCACCAAUAACGAAAUGGACAAGCACGGACAUAUCGUGCUCAAUUCAAUGCACCGUUACCAGCCAAGAAUUCAUUUGGUCAAGUGGAAGGAUCACACCGGUCCCGUCACCGAUUUAGAACAAGAGCAGUAUCGAUCCUUCAUCUUUCCAGAAACGGUUUUCACCGCCGUCACCGCCUACCAAAAUCAAUUAAUUACAAAAUUGAAGAUAGACUCAAAUCCGUUCGCGAAAGGAUUUCGUGAUUCCUCAAGGCUCACCGACUUUGAUAGAGAACCGAUGGACAGCUUGUUCAUGGAGCAGCACUUCCUACGAAAUUCCCUGCGACUCUACGGAGAUCCGCUCGAUGCAGAAAACAACAAUUCCGGCUCGCUUUUCUCGGCCGCGAUGAUGGAGAAGGCUCGUGCCCACAUACAGAUGUGGGGAAGAGCUGGAGGUAAUCCCUACAACCCCAGUGAGCUACACGCGAUGUUGCUCAGUGGUGCACCAGGACAGUAUUUAGCACGUAGCGCAGUUCCUUUAGGUAUACCCACACAAUUGUGGAGUCAAAGCGGUGUCUCAUGGCCUAAUCCCAUUCACGGCGGAUUGCCCCCCGGUUUACUGGGCCCGCCGCCCCCUCACAGGCCGCAAAUAACUCCCCCGCCUCCCCCAUCCUCAACACCAAGUUCCUCGUCUGGAUCGCCCAGUCCUACCACCGUAAAUAGCUCUUCCGAAUUACGUCUCCCCAAAGCACUAUUUCCGAGCACCUUACACCGCUUCAGCCCGUACACUCCCUCACUGUCAAGAACUUCAACCUCAUCCAUUAGCCCGACGUCACGGUUAACCCAUUGAUCAACUGUCCUGCUGUAAUCCAAUAUCCUACCAAAGAAGUGUAUGCAUAAGACUACUGUAUGAUAUCACUGUACAUAAUCAAUUUAAAUAUAUUUAUUACUUAGUAGUUUAUUAUGUACAAAGAAGUUCUUUACGUCGUAUAUUUUGUAUAAAUGUACUAUUUAUGACAGUAUUACGUUUACCAGUGUGUUUUUCGAAGAGAGAAACUAAACUAUAUAGUAAAUAGACUCUCGCAUUACGUGCGGAUCAUUGUGUUCCUUAUUAUUGUGUAAUUUUCGUGUGAAUAUACAGUCACGUGUAUAUUUUAUAUUAUUUGUUUAUUGCCUGGGAUAUUCUGUUUAUACUUAUUAGCCUCGUUGUUGUUAUGUAAAUAUAAACAUUACAUGGA